GGUUAUAUAUAAAUUGUGUAAGGAAGUUAAGUUGGUCUUUUUACCGUGUGUACAGUGCCGACUUUCAACCUCCGUCUGUUGCUUCCGUUUGAUGGCGUGGUCUGCUUCCCUCUUGUCCUUCUUUUUCCUCAGUAUACAUCUACCUAUUUUCUCCCUGAUUCACAAACUAUCUCCUCCCCAAUUCAUAAGUAGGGGUUCGCACGUCCCGUUGUCAGUCUGCAAAAGUCUUCCGCCGAAGGAGCCGCCCCUAUGUCCAUCUGCAGAAAUCUUCCACCUGAAGACGCUGCUCAGCGCCUUGGCCUGACUUUUUGCUUCCUCCGUGGCCCUGUUCUUCUUCAGUAGUUUUGGCAAUCCGGUCUUUACGGACUUCCAGAAAUCCAAAGCUGCAGGAGCAUGUGAUUUUGAAAUUUUGCUAUCAGGAGUUCUAAAGACUACAGAACACUCUCUACGCCAUUGUUGAGAAUAAGUUGACUCAUUUAUAAUUAUAAUAUGCACUUUUUAUUUGACUGAUUGUUAAUUUCUUAUUAUUUUGUUGUUAUUUGUCAUUUGCGUUUUGCACUGAUGCAAAACCUUAAGCACCUGGUUCCAGCCAGGGGAAGAGAAGAUAAGGGCCAAUGGACCUUCAACAAUCUUCUUUGUUUAGCCCCGGCGAUAUAUCAUGCUUUGCACGCCGGUAGACGGUUCUUGGUUUGGUGAACGGUUCCUACUCUUCUCUCUCUCAUUCUCAAGGGACAUGGCAUUUUCAACUGUGGGUACACCGGACUAUAUUGCUCCAGAGGUUCUGGUGAAGAAAGGAUAUGGCAUGGAAUGUGACUGGAUCUGUAUGGUUGAAAUGAAGAAGGUGGAGAGACACUCAUGAUGGAGUGCAACUGUAAAGGAGGAUUAACUUCGGAUGAGCUAGCAAGUAGGCAGCCUGAGGAACAAGAGCUCAUUCAGAUGACGGGGCAAUUUCUAUUUCAGACUUCUUUCUUGAUGGUUGGUCAUAUUAUAAAAGCUAGCUAUGAAAUAGAAGAAUGUGACAAUUUCGCUGAUCAUAUUAUCAUGCCUGAGAUGACCGGCUAUGAUUUGCUCAAAAGAAUCAAGGAGGGCAAUGGAUGUUGUAGGAAUCAGUCCUGCAGAGCAGGAUGCAACUUUUAAAGAAGUAGCUGCAAUACUUCACUUGGGUAACAUUGAGUUUGAAAAGGAAGAUGACCCUGAUUCUUCAGAACCUAAAGAUGAUCAAUCUCGUUACCAUCUUAAGCUUGCAAUCAAUUGGGCCAAAGUGGAGGUCUACUGCCCCACGUCCAGUCAAGAGCUUAAGCAGAACAACACCAAUAGCAUUAACAUCACUUUGUAAAGCUCACAAUUUUCUCUCUAGGCUUGGUGAUCUUUGCAAAAAAUGAAAAUGUAGAGGUGGGUGAAAUUACUGGUCUAUCUAAAAGCUAUUAGGUGUUAGAAUAUCUACUAUUACCUUAACAGUUUAACAUAAGCCUCGAGCUACAAGUUCCAACCUUUUAUAUGUGCUUACUUUACAGGCUGCUCCCCAACUACUCUUUUCUGUUUUGAUUUUAAUUUAGGUGUUUGAAAAGUUAGAAGCCUCGCAUCAGUUCAUUUUUUGUGAUGUAUUUACGCAUCUUAUUUUUAUAAAAUACAGUUUUAUUGUUUUACCAAGCAUUGGGCACGGACCGUCGCGCAACGCGCGUGCCCAUGCUAGUAAAUUAUAUAAACCCAUAAAAAAUUUAUAGUGGUGUCUAUUAGGGCUACCAUUAUUUAAUUACAUUUAUGUGUUUAAGGAUAUUUUCUCAGCUGUUUUUAUAAUGUCAGUACAGAAUUAAAGGCAGAAUAAUGAGUUUUGAAUCAACAACCUUUACACACACAUAUAUAUAGGGGUGAGUUCUAAUACAAAGAGGUCUUCCCAUAAAAAGUGAGAAGUGAUUUAAGCCCUUGAUUACUUAAAAAUGGAUGGUAUAGAUCAAAACUCACGGUCAACCAAAAUGUGUAAUACAUAAUAGCAAAAGUGCAUAUGCGAUAUGUAAUGGUGCACAUUCAGCUACGAAAAAAAUAUCAGAAACAAUAGUUAUACUUCUUAUUUGUUUUCUUAAAAAGUGAUGCACUUUUGUGUUAGUCUAAUGCACUUUUCCUCCGUAGUCAUGCACAUUUGUCACGUUAUUUCUCAAAAACGUUUUUGAUAAUUACACUUUUGGCACUGAAUUUUACCCUUAAAAUUUGAUCUCAUCCACUCAUUUUCUCAUCUUAACGGCUAAGAUUACUUCUCACUUUUCAUAUGGGGAGCACUUUUCAUAUGGGGAGUACUUUAUAUACUUCCUCCGUUCUUUUUUAGUUGCAAUGGUCAACAUUUCACACUUGCCAACACACAUCUUUGACCGUAAUUAUAUCUUAAUCUCUAUUAGUUAAAAAUAAUUAAAAAUCAGAUUUUGAAAAUUUGUAAUGAGAUGAAUUGAACAAUAUAUUUUUUUAAAAAUAAUUUUCGUAAAAUAAUACUGUAAAAUGUAGUCAAAGUAGAACACAUGAAUAGUGUAAAAUUCAACAUGUUGCGAUUAAAAAGAAACGGAGGAUAUAUAUAUAAAGAUAUUUUCUUUUGGACUGUUUUCAAUCCGAAAUCAGAACAGAACAGACCAUAUUAAACCAGACUAGACUUAAACAGACCAGACCAAAUUAAACCAGACUAGAUUAAAACAGACCAGACCAGACUUAAACAGACCGGACUAGACCAAACUUGGAUAGUUAUAAAAUAUACACAGACUAGACGUUUGUAGACCAUACAAGACCAGUUCAGACCAGACCAGACUAAACUUAAACAGACCAAACCAAACCAUCAAAUUUCAGCCCAAAAGAAAACAUCCUAAAUAAAAAUGAUACUCCAUAUAAAUCUACCCGUGCAUUUCAUAGUUUAAUAUACAAAAGAAAAAAGUAAUUGAUCUAAAUAAGAGUAAAGCAAAAAAGGAAAUUUAAAUUUAUUGUUUUAUAUAGGAAGACGUAGUUAUAAAUAACUGAAGUGUCAAUCUCUUAUUGGCUGACAAAAAUAAUUAAUAUCACUACUUAAAUCCUGCAAAAUAGUUACGAAAAAGACUUGUGAGUAUGAAACAUGAAUAGGACUUUGAGUUAAAAACCUUAUUAAGAAGUUAGCAAAUGAUACUUCAAGCCUGUGACCAGGUCUUCGCACAUGUGUUGGUCUUCACUAUCAUCUUCUCUGCUCUAGAUAGUUUCCAUACUUCUCUUUUGAGACAAAAAAGUGACUCGUCACUGCUUCAAGCCUACAAGAUCUCUAUUAAAUAGUGAUGCAUUUAUAGAAUAUUCUAUGUAGAAAAGGCUAGAGAUGUUCUAGAGAACUAUAGGUACAAGUAUUCUAGAGAAUUUUCCACUAGAGAAUUCUUAUGUAAAAUCUAGAGUAAUUAGUCAUAGUACGUUGUAGAAUACUCUAGAAUCAUAGCAUUUAAUAAGGAUCUAGAAUGAUCCUCUAGCUCCUAUAAAUAGGACUCAUUGUACUCAUUUGCAAACCAAGCAAACCAAGAAACAUCAAUAUAAUAUAUCUUUUCUAGAGACAAGAGCUCUACUCUAAAACACCUCAUCUACACUACACCUCACUAAAAUCACUUAACAUAUUCAUAUACCAACAACCUCUUCUAUUUUCUAACAAGUGGUAUCAUAGCCUGUUCGAUCACAAGCGGGCGUUAUGGCGACAUCAAGCUUCUCGGUAUCGACUCCAAUGUUCAACGGAGAAAGCUACGACUAUUGGAGUGUCCAUAUGAAGACUUGCCUAGAAUCACAUGAUCUUUGGGAUAUUGUUGAAGAAGGAAUCAUCACUCCGGAAAAAGGAAGCGACGACGCAUCAACUUCCGAGGUAUGUAAGAAACAAAAGCAGCAAAAUGCUAGAGCUCUCUAUCUUCUUCAACAAUCCGUUAGUGAUACCAUUUUCCCGAGAAUAAUUCGUGCUACUACGACAAAAGAAGCUUGGGAUAUUCUUAAGGAGGAAUUUCAAGGAAAUGAGAAAGUUAGAACUAUUAAAUUACAAAGUUUAAGAAGAGAGUUCGAAAAUUUGAAGAUGAGAGAUUCUGAAAUGGCAAAAGAUUAUUUCUCUCGGGUUAUACAUAUAGUCAACGAAAUGAGAACUCUUGGAGAAAACAUAAUCGACGAGAAAAUAAUCCAAAAGGUCUUAAUCAGUGUGGAUCGUUGCGCUUACCGCUACACUAAAAGCAAUCGCUGAUAGUGUAGCACGCCCUUCCCCCUUUUAUAGAACAGGCAAAGCGCCACGCGGUCCGAUUGCACCGGCAGGCUGGCAGAUUGCUGACCGCAGACCCGCGGCAGGCCCAACAAUCUCCCCCCCAGCACCUGCCAGCCUACAACUGAGCAGCAUGCUGUUGCCGGGGGUCGAACCCGUGACCUUUGGCUCUGAUACCACUUGUUGGUCCCGUUUAAUAUGGCAAUCAGUCUAGAGGGGGGGGGGGGUGAAUAGACUGAUUAGUUUUUCUAAUUUUCUCUAAGUCCAAAGUGACUUAUCAGAGAAUGUCUGAUUCUGGUGACAGAGAUAGGCUGGUUCUGAUAUCAGAACUGGUCUUGGCAGCGGAUUCUGAUUGGGGGUACUUUAACUUUCUAAUCCUAUAGCAUCAUCAAAAUCUAAUUACAUUUAUUCCUUACAAUCAGUCUCCCUGAAAAAUAUGACCGUGUAGUGUCGGCUAUUGAGGAGUCAAAAGAUCUAUCAAAAAUGCCCAUCACUGAAUUAAUGGGGUCACUAGAAGCACGUGAGCACAGGCUUAACAGGCGACAUGAAAGUUCAUAAGAAAGUGCCUUCCAAUCUAAGCUCGACAUUAAAAGGAAUGACUCAAGAAAUGGUGGAAACUUUAAAUCUCAUAAAUAUGGGAAUUCUAACAACAAGGAGAGGAAGACAAACUUUCCACCAUGCAAAAUAUGCAAGAAGACUAACCACUUAGAGAAAGAUUGCUACCAUCGAGGAAAGCCACAAUGCAAAAAUUGCAAGAGGUUCGGGCAUGAAGAAAAAGACUGCAGGGAUAGAAGAAAUCAUCAGGCCAACUAUUCCGAAGAUUUCAAGGAGAAGGAGUACAUGUUCUAUGCAUGUCACUCGGCAAUCGAAACAAAAGAAGAAGAGUGGUACAUCGAUAGCGGGUGCAGCAACCACAUGACAUCCAACGAGACCAUCUUCCAUGAGUUGGAUACUUCUAUCAAGACAAAGGUCAAGAUGGGCAAUGGCGAAUUGGUGGAGGCAAAGGGAAAAGGUACCAUUGUCAUAGAUACAAAGAAAGGUACGCGCUAUAUUAGAAACGUUCUCCUAGUGCCACGCCUUGCACAAAAUCUACUAAGCGUUGGCCAAAUGAUGGAAAGUGGAUAUGCCCUACACUUUGAGAAAAAUUCUUGCCGAAUUUAUGACAAGAAAAAUAACCAAGAAAUUGCCGAAGUAAAAAUGGGAAAUAAUAGAAACUUUCCCAUUCAAUGGCAAUAUCCACAAAAGGCAAUGUUGGCUCAACUAAGUGAUACGAGUCUAUGGCAUCGAAGAUUUGGGCACUUCAAUCUCAAUGCCUUGAGAUUACUACACCAAAAGAAGAUGAUGAGAGACAUGCCACCAUUGGAUGAAAAAGAAGGAUUAUGUGAAGGAUGUAUGGUUGGGAAGCAGCAUAGGCAACCAUUUCCAAUAGAGAAAACAUGGAGAGCCAAACAGAUACUAGAGCUUGUCCACACCGAUGUCUGCGGUCCAAUGCGCACACCUUCAGUUUCCAAGAACAGGUACUUCAUACUCUUCAUCGAUGAUUACUCAAGGAUGACAUGGGUGUAUUUCUUCCAAGAAAAAUCCGAAGUUUUUAGAAUAUUCAAGAGAUUCAAGAACUUUGUGGAGAAACAGAGUGGUCAUCAAAUCAAGAAGUUGAGAAGCGAUCGAGGUACCGAAUACAACUCAAAAGAAUUUGACCAGUUCUGUGAAGAUGAAGGCAUGAAGCAUCAACUAACAGUAGCAUACACUCCACAACAAAAUGGGGUAUCCGAAAGGAAGAACCGCACAGUCAUGGAGAUGGCAAGAUCAAUGUUAGCUGAAAAAGGAAUGCCUAAAAUGUUCUGGGCAGAGGCGGUAUAUACUUCAGUCUACCUACUCAAUCGAUGUCCAACUAAGGCGGUUUUAAACAAAACACCUAUUGAGGCAUGGUCGGGACGAAAACCUUCAGCCAAACAUUUGAAGGUCUUCGGAAGCAUAUGCUACAUUCAUGUUCCCUCUGUAAAAAGGCACACGUUAGAAGAUAAAGCAGAGAAGGGCAUCUUCCUUGGUUACAGCUCCAAAUCCAAGGGAUAUAGAAUUUACAAUUUCGAGACUAAGAAGUUGGUCACAAGUCGAGAUGUGGAGUUUGACGAGCAAGCCUCUUGGAAUUGGGAGACGGAAAGAGUUGAAAGAAAGGCAACUACCACCCAAAUAGAGGAAAUCCCAGAAGAAGAAGAUCACGAUCAAUAAAGUCCCACAUCUACUCCAAGAUUCUAUUCCGAAGCCAAUACAUCAAGCGAACAUGACUCCUCGCCAGAAUCCCCACCCCUUCGGGUAAGAACUCUAGCAGACUUAUAUGAGUCUACUGACGUCUAUGAAACAUGCAACUUUUGUUCCUUGGAGCCACAUAGUUACACUGAAGCCUCCAAAGAAAAAGUUUGGAUUAAAGCAAUGGAGGAGGAGAUAAAAAUGAUAGAAAAGAAUGAUACUUGGGAAAUGGUAGAUCUUCCACAUAACAAGGAGGUUAUUGGAGUCAAAUUGUGACACUCCAAAAAAUUUAAAUAAAAAUAAAUAAUUAAUUAAAUAAAAACGGAUAAAUUUGUUAACCGAAUAAAAUGUUAGGAGUAACAUUUUAAACAGAUAAAAAAUGAUGAUUUAUAUGGCAAACUUUGACUUCAUGGAAUUAAAUUAAAAGGUGUAUGGGCUAAUCAACUCUUAAUGACUUAAAUACUACACAUAAAUAAUACAUACGGGAAUCCAUAUCUGCACAUACAUAUACGAAAUAUCAAAAGUAAUAAAACAUUGACCUGCACUAUACAUAUAUAAUCACACAUAAUAAGGAAACCGAUUGUAUAUAAAGCUAUUGACACCAGGACUAAGAAAGCCCAGAAGCUUCGACCUGCGCAUAUAAUCUGCGGAUACCUUAUACAAAUGCCAAUAAUAAGGCAAGUAAUGAAUGCAAAAGAUUGAGUAACCUUUGACUUGAAGGCUAGAAUAUUCUCCAGCGGGUAUUUAUAGAUGGUAUUGGGCACCUGUUUUCUGCACACCAAUCGUACGACUUGUGAGUGCGAGGGGAAGAGAACUAAUGAGCGUAAAACUCUUGUCCGUGAGUAAGGAGAAGACUGAGUGAACCACGUCGGAAGGACGCUGCCGUCGGAGAAAGGAACCAAUUGUCCCACGCACCGCCGGGAGAAGCACUGCAGCCGGGAGCUCGCCGCUACCAACGUGUCUCUCGUCCGUCAGUCGUCUUUAAGAAGGUGAGGUAGGUGAAGGUGCGUAAUCGGGGGAUUAACUAUACCAUACUUGGAGCCUGAGAUGAUGUGGUUUAUGAAGACUGAUGCAUUGAGAGCGCUCCUAGAAGACUUUUAGAGUAGUCCCAUUUAGAAUAAACUUUGUUAGACUUCGUUAUUCCAAAUGUUGAAUUCAAUAGUUACUUUAGAUACAUUUAUGGUGGUUAGCCGUAGCAUCCAGUCGGGUUAGGGCUGGGUGUGGCGGUAACACGCCCCUUUUCUUUGUUAAUGUUUAAUUCCGCUGCAAACAAUUGAAAGUUUUACUUAAUUAGUAAAAGUUUAUUAUUUCUUUAA